UUUUCUUUUCAUCCAAUGUAGGUAUUCGUAAAUGCUACUCCCACACAACGCAUUGAAUAGACCGAAAAAUGUUCGCGUUACGUGCUGCCGCCAAAGCCGAUAAAAGUUUGCUCCCCAUUUUGGGACAACUAUCUCGUGGUUAUGCUGCUAAGGCCGCAGCUAAGGCUGCCGCCGGUGCCAAUGGCAAGAUUGUGGCCGUAAUUGGCGCUGUCGUUGAUGUCCAAUUCGAUGACAAUUUACCGCCAAUCUUAAAUGCCUUGGAAGUGGACAACCGUUCGCCACGUUUGGUCCUUGAGGUGGCUCAGCAUUUGGGUGAGAAUACGGUGCGAACAAUCGCCAUGGACGGCACUGAGGGUUUGGUUCGAGGACAGAAGGUCCUCGAUACUGGUUAUCCCAUUCGUAUUCCCGUUGGCGCGGAGACCUUGGGACGCAUUAUUAAUGUCAUUGGUGAACCAAUUGAUGAACGUGGUCCGAUUCCCACGGACAAAACAGCUCCCAUUCAUGCUGAAGCUCCGGAAUUUGUAGAAAUGUCUGUAGAGCAGGAGAUCUUGGUAACCGGAAUCAAGGUCGUUGAUCUCUUGGCUCCAUAUGCCAAGGGUGGUAAAAUUGGCUUGUUUGGUGGUGCCGGAGUGGGCAAAACGGUGUUAAUUAUGGAACUGAUUAACAAUGUGGCCAAAGCUCAUGGUGGUUAUUCAGUUUUUGCCGGCGUUGGUGAACGUACUCGUGAGGGCAACGAUUUGUACAAUGAAAUGAUCGAAUCCGGUGUAAUUUCUCUGAAGGAUAAGACCUCUAAGGUGGCUCUUGUUUAUGGCCAGAUGAAUGAGCCCCCAGGCGCUCGUGCCCGUGUUGCUCUUACUGGUCUGACUGUUGCAGAGUAUUUCCGCGAUCAGGAGGGACAGGAUGUGCUCCUCUUCAUUGACAACAUUUUCAGGUUCACUCAGGCUGGUUCCGAAGUGUCUGCCUUGCUUGGACGCAUUCCUUCUGCGGUGGGCUAUCAGCCAACAUUGGCCACUGAUAUGGGUUCCAUGCAGGAGCGCAUUACCACCACCAAGAAGGGUUCGAUUACUUCGGUGCAGGCUAUCUAUGUGCCAGCUGAUGACUUGACAGAUCCUGCUCCAGCCACCACUUUUGCCCAUUUGGACGCCACCACUGUGCUGUCGCGUGCCAUUGCCGAGUUGGGUAUUUAUCCGGCUGUGGAUCCUUUGGACUCCACCUCUCGUAUCAUGGACCCUAACAUCAUUGGACAGGAGCACUACAAUGUGGCUCGUGGUGUUCAGAAGAUUUUGCAGGACUACAAGUCCCUUCAGGAUAUUAUUGCUAUCCUGGGUAUGGACGAGUUGUCGGAGGAGGAUAAGCUGACUGUGGCACGUGCAAGGAAGAUUCAACGUUUCUUGUCACAGCCCUUCCAGGUCGCUGAGGUCUUUACCGGCCAUGCUGGCAAGCUGGUUCCUCUGGAGCAGACCAUCAAGGGUUUCUCUCAGAUCCUAGCUGGAGAGUAUGAUCAUUUGCCGGAAGUGGCCUUCUACAUGGUGGGACCCAUUGAGGAGGUUGUGGAAAAAGCUGAUCGGCUGGCAAAGGAGGCCGCUUAAAAAUAAAAAAAAACCCAGCCGAAUGUUUAAAUAAUCGAUAAACUAAAUUUGGAUUGAAUUUGUACAACUGUAUGACAUUAAUCAAUUCGCUUAAUAAACAACUUAAUAAAUCGUA